UCCUUUAAUUCCCUCCCCUCUUCCUCCUCCCCGAGUCCUCGCGGACGCUGCGCUGCGCGGGGCCUUGGAACACUCUGCACGAGCUGCCCCCGCCCCUCCCCCUUCCGCCCACGCGGAGCCGGCCCGCGCGCGCGCCCCGUGCACCCCCGCGCCUGCGCGCUGCCCAGGGCCUGCCCGAGUGUGGGGGGCGCCGCUGGCCCCGGGGGGGUGGGGGACCAGGGGGGAAAAUCGGCACGCGGAACCGGGCCAGGGCAGUCCACUCCCGCCACAAUGGCCUCUGGGGUGGAAGUCUUGCGUUUCCAGCUGCCUGGCCACGAGGCCGCUACUUUGCGGAACAUGAACCAGCUCCGUGCGGAGGAGCGGUUCUGCGAUGUGACCAUCGUGGCUGACAGCCUCAAAUUCCGUGGCCACAAGGUCAUCCUGGCGGCCUGCUCACCGUUCCUCCGGGACCAGUUCUUGCUGAACCCCAGCUCGGAGCUGCAGGUCUCGCUGAUGCACAGCGCACGCAUUGUGGCGGACCUGCUCCUCUCUUGCUACACGGGUGCCCUGGAGUUCGCUGUCAGGGACAUCGUGAACUACCUGACAGCUGCGUCCUACCUGCAAAUGGAGCACGUGGUGGAGAAAUGCAGGAACGCCCUCAGCCAGUUCAUUGAGCCCAAAAUAGGCCUCAAAGAGGAUGGGGUCAGCGAGGCUAGCCUCGUGAGCAGUGUCAGUGCCAGCAAGUCCCUCCUUCCUCCAGCCAGGACCCCAAAGCCAGCCCCAAAACCCCCACCCCCGCCUCCUCUACCCCCUCCGCUCCUGCGACCCGUGAAGCUGGAGUUUCCGCUGGAUGAGGACCUGGAGCUGAAGGCGGAAGAGGAGGACGAGGAUGAGGAUGAGGAUGUUUCUGACAUCUGCAUUGUCAAGGUGGAGUCUGCCCUCGAAGUAGCUCACCGGCUCAAACCCCCAGGAGGCCUAGCAGGAGGUCUGGGUAUUGGGGCCUCUGUGAGCAGCCACCUGGGGGAGCUGGCACAGAGUAGCGUGGCCCCCAACUCUGCAGCCCCACCGCAAGGUGUGGUGAAGGCCUGCUACAGCCUGUCAGAGGACGCUGAAGGGGAAGGCCUGUUGUUGAUCCCAGGAGGCCGGGCCAGUGUGGGGGCCACCUCAGGCCUAGUGGAAGCAGCAGCAGUGGCCAUGGCUGCCCGGGGGGCGGGGGGCAGUCUGGGGGCAGGGGGCAGCCGGGGACCUCUGCCUGGGGGCUUCUCAAGUGGAAACCCCUUAAAGAACAUCAAAUGCACCAAAUGCCCGGAAGUGUUCCAGGGCGUGGAGAAGCUGGUCUUCCACAUGCGUGCGCAACAUUUCAUCUUCAUGUGCCCUCGCUGCGGCAAACAGUUCAACCACAGCAGCAACCUCAACCGCCACAUGAACGUGCACCGUGGCGUCAAGUCGCACUCGUGUGGCAUCUGUGGCAAGUGCUUCACGCAGAAGUCCACACUGCAUGAUCACCUCAACCUGCACUCAGGAGCGCGGCCCUAUCGAUGCUCCUACUGUGAUGUGCGCUUCGCCCACAAGCCAGCCAUCAGGCGGCAUCUCAAGGAGCAGCAUGGCAAAACCACAGCGGAGAACGUGUUGGAGGCUGGCGUGGCAGAGAUCAAUGUCCUCAUUCGCUGAAGGGGCCAGGAGGCUGGGGGUUCCUGGGCCCGGGAGAAUGGGGGGGGCGGGGUUCUGGGCAGGCAUACACCUUGAGGGAGGAAGAUUGGAGAGAAGACCUUGCCUCAGAGAGCAGAAGACGACGACGAUGGAGCCGGGAGACAGGGUUGACAAGGCUGAGGGAAUAUAGGGUCCCAAAGAAAGAUUUCUUUUUGUAGAGGCGCAGGAACAAUGUGGAGGGAGAAGAAAACACAAAGGUUGAAAGUUUGGAGAACAGCUCUUUUCCUGGCUACAGCUGCCCAGGGGGAAGAUUAUAGCGUUUCUUGAGGUGGGGUGGGGGUGGGAAUUGUGGGGGGAUUGACAGGAUGCAGUUUUCUUGUUCCUGUUUAGAAUAGAUCAUGAGGGAAAGGGAGUCGUAGGGGAAACAGGUAUGAAGUCCCAGAAAAGUAAGGGGAGGCGGUUCUUGCAUGCUGGGGAAAUGGGGCAGUAGGUACAAAACUCACCGGAAAUGAAAGAAAAUAUCUGUACCAGGUAAGAGAACAGGGUGGGCGACCUGGGUAGGCAGUGAGACACGGGGGUUACAAUAGCAAGAACGGUGGAUAGCGGAGG